GUCUGACGUAUAAAUUUAACAGAUUUAUUUCUGAGACAAAAAUUAUUUGAUGAUGAACAAGAAGCUUUCGCCGGAGGAUGCGUUUUACGAAAAUUUGACCCUGGGUCUUAUAAGGACCCUGUCCAAUGUGCCGAGAGUGUGUAAUGUGACCCUGGAGCGUCGACAGCCACUGAACGCCUGCCAGGUGGUAAAUUGGGAGCAGAGGCACUGCGUUUACCUCCCAGAAGAUAUGAAGAAGUUCUACCUAUCCUCUGAUGGAUUCAUUCUGAACUGGAGUUACCAAUAUGCACCCAACGAUAUCCGGAGGGUGGGUCACAUCCAUUUCCCGCAUCUGCUGCAGGUGACCCUCCUGCGGGAGAAUAUCGAAACUACAGCCAGUCACUCCAGCAAUUCAACGGCUUUGCCCAAUAGCAACUCGGAUGUGAUGGGGGCAUCUAGCUCGCAAUCCCUUCCAGCUCCAGUUGCCUCCGGCAAGGACAAGUGGGGCAAUGCAACCCCUAUUAUAACUGCCAAAUCAAAGAUAUUCGAAAUCAACAAUGUAAACGAGGUAGCUAAGGUGUGCAUGCUGUACGAAUCCACAAGUUCCAACAAUCCAAAGUUCUAUCUGCUAGAGUUGAGCACUCUGAGCUGGCAGUUUUUGGCGGACACAUUCAGUGAAUACCUUCGGAUGGCCAUCGCUCAUUUGGGACUGCCAUAUUGGGAGCUGUGCUUCUCCACCUGCGGCCUGCCGUCUUGGACGGAGCAGCUGUUCCUUCUCCUGGCGCCUCAUCUCCUCGAGGAGCACGAGCAAAGACGAGGUCGGAUACUGAAUCCCGCCUGUGAGCAUCCGUACAACAUCAUCGAUCCGAACAUUUUUCGGGGCAAGCCAAAGAGCGUGGCAAAAGCGACGGCCAGCAGCACCAAGCAAAAUCAUAAUAAGUGAUUUU